GUUCAUACGCGGCACAACAGUCGUGGAACCCGGAAACGUUGCACAGCGCUGUCAACACUGAGUCUGGUGUGGGUCACUGCUGUGGAAUCCAUCCUCGGACCCAACUGCCCUGCCACUGAUAUGGAGAGUAGCUUGGAUUCAGAAGACAUGGCACCAGAGGGUGGACAGGGACCCAAGCGAGAGCCACUAUAUUUUCACUAUGACCCUUCCACUGUGUCACCGGAGAUGAGCGGUGUGAUGGACAACAUCAAGCAGCUUGCAGAGAACUUGUUGUACCAUUGGCGAGAGUUCCCUAUCGUGUUGCCUGAGUCCAUCACAGAUUCCUCCAUCAGGGAUUCUGGACGAUUUGACGGGGAAGGAGACUCGGAGAAGAAGGGCUGGAUCAACUUCAAGAACAUGUUCAUCGCUCCAACGUUUGAGGAGCUGGAAGAGGUUUCCAAGGGCAAAUCGGGAGGAUUGAAGAAACUCAAUGAGAAGCAGCUCAACAGUAUCUGGAACCAGGGUGAGUUUGAGGUGGACAGCAUCCAUUUCCCAGGUCAGGUUCACAGGUGGCGCCUCACUCAACUGCUACAAAAGGGUUCCGUCAGAGCUCAAGACACCCUACUCAAUGAUGCGGCUCUGUCUCGACUUCUGAUCAUCACGGCCAGAGACAGGUUCUGCUCUUCGUUCUUCAGUGUCUCAGAUGCUCUGCGUGGCUGGGGGCAGGGUCUGUGGAAGUUGCUAGAUAUUGCAUUUGGUAUGCCCUCCACCACAGCUGGUGACCUUGGGUACAAGGUAAAGCAGGAGCACAUGCGCUACCUGGUGGCGGAACUAAGUAUCAAGCCAAGUUCUAAGCGAGAGCUGAACAACUUUUGUGAAUAUGUGAAAGAACAGUGUCGACUCCUGAGGACUGAGAAAAAUAAGACACCAGAUCUGAGACCCCCACCAAUACCCUACAGAUACCUCACACCAAAGGGGCAAGAGAUUGAUCUGAGGCUGUUCAAUAAAGAUCUAAUGGACAACUGUUUGCCCAUACUGAGCAAUAUUCUGGACCGUGAGGCCAAGGGCUGGACAGUGCAGUACAGACAGAGACUGGUCAGAGAGUUCAGAGGAAAAGGUUUAUCAAAGGAAGCACUAUCGGAUAGAGUAAACGAGGCUGUGAUGCAUGAAUAUCUGAAGCGAGUUUUUUCGGCGGUCAUCACAAAUGCUGAACUCGAUAAUCUACAAUCAGGAAUAGGAGAGCUCCUGGUUGCUCAAGCCAAAGCAGUAUUAGCCAUGAGGAAAGCAGUACAAAAUCUCCAGCUCAAAACAAAACACAAACAGCAGCUUGUGAAUCAUCUCAAGAAAGAAUACUCCGUAAAGUCUAGGAUCAAGUCCUGGAUGAAUGAACAGCUGCAAUCCUUUGAGGAGGAGUUCCUCACCCAGAACCUGUGGUCCGCCCAUGAGGAGGCCAUCAGCAUCUGUGAGGACCAGGGCCUCAACCAGGCUAUCUACUUCCUCCGCAGGGACCUGAACUUCAUCAAGGAGAGAGAGACUAUUCUCAGGCAGGAGCUGAGCAAAGUCAAGGAAGCAACCCGAGUGUUCACCUUCUCUACCAAGAUCUGGUUCCCCCAGAACUGGGUGAUCAGACGACACUUCCGGGGAGAGACUGAGAUCAUCCAAACUGUCAUCACGGACUCAGCACCUGAAAAUGUUGCUGGCGAAAAGGAGAUGACAUACACUGUGGACAAGUACACAGAGAGGAAGACCUCCACACGACAUCCAUUCUGGCGCUGGUGGAACUACCUACAUCGAGCAUGGUCAUGGACCUGGAACUCCAUGUUUUUCUUCGGGGUGGUCAUUGUGUGGUGCAGCCCCGUCGGCCUCCGAGCUCUCUUCUCUCCCUCCCCGUUCAUGGCCGACCUGAAGCUCAGCCAAGUCAAUGGGGUGCUAUACCCAAAGCCAUCAUCACUGACUCACACCCUCCUGUCCCGACUGCGAGCCCUCUGGACUCAUGUUCACGACUCGAGGAAGAAGUUUGAAGAAACCCCUGAUACAGGUUUCCUGGGGAAGAGUUUCACAAGACACAUCAACAGAAUCUGGAACUAUGUCGUGAAGGGUGCAUUUGGGAGCCUUGUUUUGUCUGUUGUGUUCCCGGUGUUCUGUGUCGUGACCUCCAGUGUGUCUCUCGUCCUAUCUAUAACAUCACCGCUCUGGGUUCCACUGGUGACACUUGUAGUUGAAGUGGGCUUCUUCCUCAUCUACGACUGGGACUCGCCAGAUGAUCACAGCAACAAGAUCUGCAUCCUUCUGGAGGCACUCAUCUGGAGGAUCCUUCUCCAGGGCUGUGUCCAGCCAAUCGCUGCAGCUCUGUUUGGUGCCAUCUGUUGUCCUCUUGCUUCACUCGCCAUCAUCCUGUUUGGUGUCUUGCGCCGCGGUGGUAGAGGAUUGUGGGAUACCUUCAUGUUUCAUGCUGUCAUCAAGAGUCGAGGGCGAGUUCCAGCUGGUGAUGGGUUUGUCGCUCGUCGGAUCGCCGGUCCUGGUCUUGCAUCCAACUACUUAUUCCAGAUCCUCCCCGAGCAAGCCCUAGCAGCUGUGGAGGCCCGUCUUGAGUUGGAUGAGCUGGAGGCAUGGAAGAUGUCCGUCCUGCGGGUCAUCGAACAGCCACGGGAGGACUACAGGAAGUUCAUAGAGCAAUGUUUCAAGCCAUUCUCAUCCGGCCUGGUGGAGGAGGGGGUGUACAAGAGACUGUGUGAUGAGACCGCCCAGUACAAAACAGAUCUCAUGAAGAAGGCAGAAGAGAGAGAGAGGAAGCUGUACACUGGGCUGUACCCAGACCUGCAGAGGAGGAUCAAGUUGCCAGAGAAGGAUCUCAAGCUGACCAUCCUGCUGACCUCCAAGCUGUUGGAGCGGUUCUACCCAGAACACAUCCUGGCACGGAUGCAGCUCCAGUCAGAGGAUGAGUUCUGGGAGAGUCUGCAUCUGGAGCCCAAGGACUGGAAAGGUUUUGCCUGCAAGAAGCUAGCCAUGGUUUUUUCGAAGCCAUUUUUGCUGCCUUUGGAAGAGACUGACAACUAUUUCGAACUGAAGGUGGAUCAUAUGGACUUGUCCCGCUAUGUGAACAUGUUGGCCACAGCUGAGUUCAGUGAUGACCUUGACCUCAUAACAGAGGUCCACACACCGACAAGUGAUAUCACAGUGAAGGCACCGACCCUAGAUUCUGGCUACUUUAACCCCAGUCAGAAACUGAUUCACACAACACGCUUCGGUACACCAAGAGACAAGAGCUGUCCAUGGAAGGCUGUGUAUGAACACAAGGUGUUUGACAAGCUGGAGAUACCCCUUCCCAUCCCACACCCAGCUAACAUAGCUAUAUCCAUCUACAACAGGGAGAAUGACCAGGCCUACAUUGACAUGGACAAUGUGUUCUGCCAGAGGAUUGUGCGAGCUACAAAAGAGGUACCGUAUGUGGACUUUGGCGAUCGCUCUAGCCUAGACAUGUACGAUGGGGAGCCUAGCACCCCUGAUAAUGCAACCGCAGAAUCUGUCACUGUCGUCCCUUCCCAUCUCGCUCUACAGGAACGGUCGUUCUCCGAGGAAGGCAUGAACAAGCACACUGUUCCAUUUACUGGCACUCCUAUCUCUGACACGGCUAGCAUUCAGAUAUCCACUGUUCCCUCCCCCCACUCCCUGUCCCCCGUUUCUCUGGCCGCAGGUCCGGCAUCUGUCACUUUGGAGGUGGAGGAUGGGGAGACUGACCCACCAAGAAGGGGACACUCUCGAGAAGAGAAAAUUGUGUAUUCUGAGGGUGAAAUGGACAAUAGUUGCAUGAUUUAUAUUGAUGACGAUCAUUCAGAGGCUGUCCUCAAAGUUUGAUGAAUUUGAAGUGUAUUGUUAAUUGCAAUGUGUUUUGCAAUCAGAUUGUGGGUGAAAUGAAAUGGACAAUGUUUGCCUAGUGCUGUUUUUGUUAAUCUCGUUCCUGUAUUCGGGAAUAUUUUUCUUAUUCCAAGAUUUGAUACUUGAUUUUAACACAUCAGUUGUGGUGCGAUCACUUUUGUUGAGAUGUGUGUCCAAAGUUGUAUUAACUGUGUACAAAUUUUCAAAUACUUUGUGUGAAGUAACAUUAUUAGAUUUGCUGUCCUCGAUUGACCAACUAAUCCUUCAAAAACUGUUGGCUGAGUUCCAGGAUAGCGUUUCAGUGUGAUUUUGUCCGUAGUACACAGCUAUACUGGCUUACAGCUCAGGGAUAUUGUUUUGUUCCAAUAUAAUCCAAGUUUUGUGUGACUUCCACCCUAACAAGAUACACAGUUGUGGGUGUCCCAUUUUGUAGUACUUGUCAUUCUUUGUGGGUCAAUCUGCCCUGUCUCGGUAGAAGCUUGCCAACCACUAGUAUUAACUUAAGAAUGUAACCAGAUUAGAACUGACCGUCCAUCUGAAUUAUGGGAAUAUUUAUUACACUUUAUAUUUUUUAAAACCUUUCAUUUGUGACUCUUGUUUUCUUUAAAACCCAGUAAGAACAUUUAUGAAACAAAUAUAUUAAUAUAAAAGAUAUUUUAAGGUCAAUUUUUUUUUAAAUGUGUCUACCAAACACAAGAAAUUGUGGUAUAUAGACUUAAAAACAGCUAUCGAGAUAUCUUCUCCUAGUUAACUUUCACAAAUCAUUGUCCAAACUUUAUAAGCUGAAAACAACUUGUAUUUAUGCCAUGAAGUCUGGUAGUAAACAUCAAUGGGUGUAUUUUUGCAGUUUCAAUGCCUUCUGAUCAAUAAUCAAUAUAUAUAGCUUGGAAAAACCUGAUUACAAACUUAACACAUGUUCUUCACCAAUGCUAUCAUGCGACAAUAUAAAAUAUCCAGGUUCCUCUGUACCCAGAUUGAGGUGUAUGAGUUGUACUGGGUUAUCUCCCUUUACUCCUAGUUACAUCAGCUGUCUACUAACACUCUUAUCCCAAAUGUCAAAGCCAGUCCUACCUGUUCCUCAUACCAAUCUUUUAACUCAAUGUACACACAUAUUCACUGUUUUCAUUCCAGGUUAUUCUGAAUUCAAAGGUUUAACGCACCCUGCAAGUUGUUACUGACUUUAGUAUCACUGAAACAAUAUAUUAUGUUAUGCAAGUGUGUUCUUAGGCCUUACACCUGCACAGCACAGAAGAGGGUGUUAUCAAGCUUAUAUUUCAUUCUCAUUUUGCCAAAGCUACAUAUGAGCAUGAUGGAUGGGUGGGGUGGGUAGGGUAGGGUAGGGUGGGAUGGUUGUUUGUGGGAGGUGACAAGGGUAGGUCUGAUUUCAGAUGUGGGUGUAGACUAAGAACCAGAGCCUAGAUUUUCGAAGCUCUCUUAGCACUAAGAUAGUUGUAAGUUAAUGUUAAUGUAUGGGACUUACGACUAUCUUAUCGCUAAGAGAGCUUUGGAAAUCUGGGCCCUGUCCCUUAGUCCCAUUCUGAUAGAUAGCUGUAAAAUUGCUUAAAACUUCGUUAUAACGCAUUGGUCACUUAUUUGUUCAUUAAUGUAAAUGAAUUUUGACUUUUGUAUCAGUAAUAAAUUGACAGUCUUGUGCAAUUUUUAUAUGUCUUGAAAAGACCGAAAGAAACAAAAUAGAGCCGUUGUAUCUUUGUGAUUUUAAACAUUCUUGAAAUAUCUGUCUCUAUCAAACUGAGAGCUUAAGCAAAACAAACAAUAUUUUUAACAUGCAUGAUAAUUUUAGCAAUCAAAGUGUCAAAUUUUAUUCUUUUUACACAUAUUAAAACAUAUGAUAAAGGGCUUGUGCAAUCAACAGUAUUUUAUGUAUUUGUUUUAAUCAAUACGGUCCAAACGUUUGGAUGUGUGGUUGAUAUCAGUGUUUGUUACAUGUAACAAUGUAGAGUCAUAACAACAACUCAUUUUAAAAAAACAGUUCAGACCUGAUUAAACUCAUUUU